AUGCAAGAGAGAGAAAAGACGAUUGAAGAUGAGGAGAGACGAAUGGACGAACUGAAGAGGCAGAAUCAAGAGUUAGAGAAGUUCAGAUUCGUACUCGAUUAUAAGAUGAAGGAAUUGAAGAACGAAGUCGAUCCUAAAUCGGCUGAAAUUGCAACGAUGAGGGCUCAGAUUAACCUCAUGGAUAAUGAAAUCGAAGGGUGA